ACUUAAUAUUAAAACGAAAUGAGGAGAAACCAGACACGCCUUCUGCUCCGCUCCGCGUAUGAUCAAGAACGUCGCCCCAAUUUGUUGCCUGUACCCUGUAGAUAGAAAUUCCAGCGUCGUCUGCAAUGGCCGCCCCCUUCAGAUCAAGGAAUGGUUUGAGCACAAGGCCGGCGGCAUAUGGCGGUAGUUCCGAUGAAAUUCAGUUGCGAAUCGAUCCGAUGCACGCUGACUUCGAAGAUGAGGUGUCUGGACUGCGGAGCCAAGUUCGAAAACUUCGAGAUGUAGCUCAAGAAAUUGAGACAGAAGCGAAGGACCAAAAUAAUUUCCUCAACGAUCUGCAAAUGACAUUGAUUAAAGCUCAAGCAGGGGUGAAGAACAACGUGAGGAGACUAAACAAGAGCAUCAUUAAAGAAGGGUCAAGCCAUGUAAUGCAUGUCAUUCUUUUUGCACUCAUACUGUUUUUCUUCGUCUAUUUCUGGUCCAAAAUUUCGCAUAGAUGAAAUGAUGCAAAUUUGUUCUUGUGACUGUUUGUGAUGUAACAAAAUGAUCAAAAUUUGUGGUUGACAAGUUUGAUAACGCUUCUUGUAAAGGUCGACUUAGUAAAAGCCUAUAUAGUUGAUUGGAGAUUUGGUAGACU